UAAGGGGGCCCACCUCGACCCUGUGAUCCUCUGGCUGGGUGAAUCCUGCUGCGAACCAGCUGUUAGGAAGAAGCUCCAGGGCGUCCAGCUUGCUACCCCCCCUCCCCCGAAAGUCACUUUCUUUUGAGCCAGAGGAGAGAAUGGGAGGCCUCUUGCCAGUGUCCCCCUCUCCCCUGGCGGCUGGGGGUGGCACCAACCAGCCUUAGGCUCCGGGAGGGCUGUGGUACCUGGGGCUGGGUGGCUCUCCCUAAGCUUGCUCUUGACAAAAGAGUUUUGAGUUGGUCUUUUGGCUGAGCCUGCCAAGGAAGGCAGGCUCCUGCAGGAGUCUUGGAGGGUCGGAGGCAGCGCCGGAUGAGGAUGAGGCGUGGCAGAAGAUGCGUUUGGCUCUGCAGACACUGCAUCGGGCAGCAGGGGACUCUGGGAGGCUGGUGCGGCCAGAAGGCAUGGCUCUUGACAGCCUUCUAGUAGAAUCUCUGGAAUUGUGCAUGACAGAAGAGGAAAGAAACUAACGGGUAUUGAGCACCUUCUGUGUGCCAGGCCCAGGCCAGGAUAAGGAGGACUGCUCUUGUCCCUUUGCUUAGGCCUCUGCAAAUACCUGUUACCUAGUGGUAGGUGUCCCCUGCUUCCGGCCAGUCAAUGCAGACUUGCUGCCUGCUGUGUCAUCGAGAACGCAGAGGCUGGGAAGAAGGCCCUGCCCAGAAUGGACUGGUGCUGCAGGGUGAGAAGCUGCCCCCUGACUUCAUGCCAAAGCUCGUCAAGAACCUCCUAGGCGAGAUGCCUCUGUGGGUCUGCCAGAGCUGCCGAAAGAGCAUGGAGGAAGAUGAGAGGCAGACAGGUCGAGAGCAUGCAGUGGCGAUCUCCCUGUCACACACAUCCUGCAAGUCCCAGUCUUGUGGUGGUGACUCUCAUUCCUCUUCUUCAUCCUCUUCGUCCUCGUCCUCGUCCUCAUCCUCGUCCUCCUCCUGCCAUGGGAACUCGGGGGACUGGGACCCCAGCUCCUUCCUAUCAGCACAUAAGCUCUCCGGCCUCUGGAACUCCCCGCACUCCAGUGGGGCCAUGCCCAGCAGCUCGCUCGGGAGCCCACCCACCAUCCCCGGUGAGGUUUUCCCCAUCUCGGAGCACCACCGUCACUCAGACCUCACUGCUCCACCUAACAGCCCCACCGGCCACCACCCCCCGCCAGCGUCGCUGAUCCCACCUCACCCCGGAUCCUUUGGCUCACCACCCCACCCACACCUGCUGCCCGCCACCCCAGCAGCGCCCUUCUCUGCCCUGGCCUCAGAGUGCCCUGUUGCCACCGCUGCUGCCCCCCACACCCCAGCGGCCUGUCAGAGCCCCCACCUGCCCUCCACCAGCAUGCCGCUCCUGAAGAUGCCGCCGCCGUUCCCAGGGUGCAGUCACCCCUGUAGCGGGCACUGCAGUGGGCCUCUCCUGCCACCUCCCAGCUCCCAGCAGCUCCCCGGCACUCACAGCAGGGACCCCGGGUGCAAGGGACAUAAGUUUACACACAGCGGCCUGGCCUGCCAGCUGCCCCAGCCCUGUGAGGCUGACGAGGGCCUGGGCGAGGAGGAGGACAGCAGCUCUGAGCGCAGCUCCUGCACCUCAUCCUCCACCCACCAGCGAGAUGGCAAGUUCUGCGACUGCUGCUACUGUGAGUUCUUCGGCCACAACGCGCCACCCGCCGCCCCGACGAGUCGGAAUUAUACUGAGAUCCGGGAGAAGCUCCGCUCAAGGCUGACCAGGCGGAAAGAGGAGCUGCCCGUGAAGGGGGGCACCCUGGGCGGGAUCCCUGGGGAGCCUGCCGUGGACCACCGAGAUGUGGAUGAGCUACUGGAAUUCAUCAACAGCACGGAGCCCAAAGUCCCCAACAGCGCCAGGGCCGCCAAGCGGGCCCGGCACAAGCUGAAAAAGAAGGAGAAGGAGAAGGCCCAGCUGGCAGUGGAUGCACCCCGGCAGGAGCCCCUUGGCAGUCAGGAGCCACGGCCUGCCCGGGAGAGGCUGCUGGAGUGGCCAGAGCGGGAGCUGGACCGGGUCAACAGCUUCCUGAGCAGCCGCCUGCAGGAGAUCAAGAGCUCCGUCCAGGACUCCCUCUGCGCCAGCCUCAGUGCCUGUGAGCUCAGCGUGGACAGCAAUGGCCUGAUGCGCGAGGUGACUGCCGAGCCAGGGCCCCACAGCCCACCCCCCUUGAGCCUCAAUGGCUCCCCGGAGCAGCGGCCAGACAUUAACCUGGACCUGUCCCCUUUGACUCUGGGCUCUCCCCACAACCACAGGCCCCAGUCCCUGGGCGAGCCGGCCCCGCCCUGGGUGGACACUCGAGGGCCUCCCUCACCCUGGACCGAGGUGAGGGGUCCCCCUCCCAGCAUCAGCCCUGAGAAUGGGCUUGUACGGAGACUGAACACGGUGCCCAACCUGUCCCGGGUGAUUUGGGUCAAGACACCCAAGCCGGGCGCCCCCAGCUCUGAGGAGCCCAGCCCAAAGGAGGCCGUGGGCUGCAAGCUAGAGCCACCGGAGCCUGCAGCCCCAGCUGGGAAGGCCCGGAAAGGCAAGAGACAGGGCAGCCAGGCCAAGAAGAGUGAGGCCAGCCCGGCCCCCCGGCCCCCCACCAGUCUUGAGGCCCCCUGUGCCAAGGGCCUGACCCCCAAGCAGUCCAGCAAGGCCCCGGAGGCCCCCAAAGCAGGCGGCUGUGCCGAGGCCACAGAAGGCAGCAAGGGCAGCCGGCAGGGACCCGGCUGGGCAGGCAGCCCCAAAGCCGACAAGGAGAAGGGCGGCUCCUGGCGAAACUGGCCAGCCGAGCAGGAGUCCACACAGCCUCCAGGCCCCGCCAGGCCGCAGACCUUGGCACAGGGUAAGGGCCGCAGCCGCCGCAGCCGCAACAAGCAGGAGAAGUCGGCCUCCUCCUUGGACGACGUGUUCCUGCCCAAGGACUUGGAUGGGGUGGAGAUGGAUGAAACUGACCGGGAGGUGGAGUACUUCAAGAGGUUCUGUUUGGAUUCAGCAAAGCAAACUCGGCAGAAAGUUGCUGUGAACUGGACCAACUUCAGCCUCAAGAAACCCACUCCCAGCACAGCUCAGUGAGCCCCUGCCUGGUCGAGCUGCUUCAGGGGGUCCGAGACCCCGAUCACCAGCCGAAGGCUGAGUUUCCUGCUCCACGUUCCCGCCCGCCUACCCAUGACUCCCUGCUCCCACCAUCCUGGACCAACCAAAAGCUGAAUGGACGCGCGCAGGGGCCUCUUGGACCCUGUGGAGCCGCUUCCUGGUGCUACGGCAGCCUCCACACUCAGAGCCUGGGGGCUGGGCUGGCCUGUGGGCUGGGGCUGAUGGUACUGCUGGCCCAACACUGCUCUGUGUUUGGUUUUUGUUUUUUGUUUUUCAAUUCUUUACUUUUGAUACUGUGAAGAUCUUUCCUGCCGAAAGAUAAAGCAACAUUUGAACACAAA